AUGGGCAACGAAUCCUCCACCCCGGUUGACGAGGCCACACCUCCCACCACGCUCUAUGGCCGGAGCAUAGAGGCAGUGGCUCAAUACAUCAAGGAGAAGGACAUCAAGAACAUUGUAGUCAUGACUGGCGCAGGAAUCAGCACCUCGGCUGGAAUUCCUGAUUUCCGUUCUCCUGACACUGGGCUGUAUGCCAACCUUGCUCGGUUGAACCUCCCAUAUGCUGAAGCAGUCUUCGACAUCUCGUAUUUUCGAAACAACCCUUACCCCUUCUAUACCCUUGCGCAUGAACUGUAUCCGGGAAAAUAUCGGCCAACGGUGACACACUCGUUCAUCAGUCUGCUUCACAAGAAGGGACGACUGCUCAAGCUGUUCACCCAAAAUAUCGAUUGCCUAGAGCGGGAAGCUGGGGUUCCCGGUGACAAGAUCGUAGAAGCACACGGUUCUUUUGCCACCCAACGAUGUAUCGAAUGCAAGACAGAGUAUCCUGGGGAUCGGAUGAAAGAGAUGGUUCACAAAAUGGAGGUGCCGCGCUGCAUCAGGCAGACAUGCUCUGGACUGGUAAAGCCGGAUAUCGUGUUCUUUGGCGAGGCUCUUCCAGAGUCAUUCCACCGCAAUCGGAGCCUGCCUGCGAAAGCGGAACUGGCGAUCGUCAUGGGGACCAGUCUGACAGUUCAGCCCUUCGCUAGCCUGCCGUCGUUCGUCAGAGAAGAGACUCCGCGCGUGCUCAUCAACUUGGAGAGAGUGGGAUCCAUUGGCUCCAGGCCGGACGACGUGCUGUUACUGGGAGACUGUGAUGAAGGCGUUCGCAGAUUUGCAGAUGCCCUAGGCUGGCGUGAUGAGCUGGAAGAGCUAUGGGCCAGCACCAACCCGGACAAGAAAGAGAGGGAUGCACAAGAGGCACCUCCCAAAACAAGGCAUGAAAGAUUGGAUGACGAGAUUGAGAAAUUGACCAAGGAUAUUGAUGCCUCGCUCAAAAUCACCGCCGAGGCAAAUGAGAGGAUCAGGGCAGAGCUGGAGAAGAGCGCUUUCCAAAAACCACCGCUGUCUUCUGGUCCAUCGUCCGACACGCCAACGGCGCCUACAACGUCUUCCAACUCUGGAUUGAGUCACGUUUAUCCUCACCUGAAAGCAAACAAACCUGAGAAGCCUUCUCUUUAG